GACAGUUAAAAGUUGCAGUCUGUUGGACGUUGUUUACCGAAAUGGCGUUUUUUCAUUAUAUUCUGAGCUGGGCGGCUCAAAUCCUGGCAUUUCUCCUCGUUCUGGUUUUCAUUGCGUUUCUCGGAUAUUGCAUGUAUAUUAAACACAUUCACGACAAAUACGACCACAUACCUGGACCACCGAGAGAAAGUUUCUUCUUCGGACAAUCUGUAUCCGUAGCAAAACUGAUGAAGGAUGGCGGAAAUUUGCACGAUAAAUUUAAGGAAUGGGCCGACACAUAUGGGCCAGUUUGCAGGAUAAAUGGUUUGCAUUAUGUUUUCCUCCUUGUGACCUGCCCAGAGACAACCAAGGAAGUCCUGUUGUCCCCAAAGUACCCUAAGAAUAAAGCGACGUACAAGAGACUCUUCUACCUGUUCAGCCAAAGGUUCCUGGGUAAUGGUCUGGUAACAGCACAGGACCAUGAAGUGUGGUAUAAACAGAGGCGCAUCAUGGACCCUGCUUUCAGCAGCUUGUAUUUGAGAGGUCUUAUGGGCACCUUCAAUGAGAGGGCAGAGAAACUGAUGACUAAACUUGGGGAAAUGGCUGAAAACAAAACAGAGGCCAACAUGCUACACCUAGUCAACUGUGUUACUCUUGAUGUUAUUAUUAAGGUUGCCUUCGGUAAGGAUUUAGACCUGCUGCAGAACAGUUCACCCUUCCCUAAAGCCAUCGAGACAUGCCUGAAAGGGAUGGUGCACUAUACAAGGGAUUAUUUUUUUGAGUACAAUCCAAAGAAUCGCUCAUAUAUUAAUGAAGUGAGGGAAGCGUGCCGUCUGCUGCGAACUACUGGAGCAAAAUGGAUCAAUGAGAGAAAAACUGCCAUGAGAAACGGCGAUGACAUCCCCAAGGACAUCCUGACGCAAAUCAUCAAAACUGCUGGCAAAGAGGAGACCAUGUCGAAAGAAGAUGAAGAGUUCAUGUUGGACAAUUUUGUGACAUUUUUCAUUGCGGGGCAAGAAACAACAGCUAAUCAACUGGCUUUUUGCAUCAUGGAGCUUGGAAGAAACCCUGACAUCCUGAAGAAAGCAAAGAAAGAGGUGGACGACGUGAUUGGGAUGAAACAGGAGAUCAGUUAUGAAGAUCUGGGAAAACUGGUUUACCUCUCGCAGGUGCUCAAAGAAACUCUGAGGCUGUACCCAACAGCUCCAGGCACAUCACGUGAUAUACCAGAAGAUAUUGUCAUCGAUGGUAUCCAUAUACCUGCAGGAGUCACAAUUUUUUUCAGCUCCUACAUCACUGGAAGGAUGGAAAAAUUCUUCAAGGAUCCGCUGAAAUUUGAUCCAGACAGAUUUCACCCUGAUGCUCCAAAGCCUUAUUACUGCUACUACCCCUUUGCUCUCGGCCCACGUGCAUGCCUGGGACAGAACUUUGCUCAGAUGGAGGCUAAAGUGGUGAUGGCCAAGCUGCUCCAGAGAUUUGACUUCACCCUCACACCGGGACAGACCUUUGACAUCCUGGACUGUGGCACACUCAGGCCAAAGAGUGGAGUGUUGUGCUCGAUCAGACACAGGGAUUACAAGAAAGAACAAUAAGGAAAGCUAAAGAGAAAUUACAACAGUCCAUGGAGUGAAAACUGGGUUGUUGAUUUGCGUUGACUGACCUGAUUACGGCUGGGACCAAAGCCUCUUAUGCUGCUAAUAGCGAAGGUUCCUAUGCAGAGUGGCCAUCACUAUUAUCUAAUCCCUUUCAUUUGCACCCAUAUUCCACUGCCUUUGCCCUGGGAACAAAGUGGGAAUGAGUGUCUUUCCCAUGGAUGCAUCAGUAAGUGACAGCAGGAGCUGGGGAUUGAACCCGUACGCUCUGGUUGUGGGACAUCUGACUCAACUCACUGAUCCACAGUCACUGAUUGCUGCUGUAAUGAAAGCACUUCAUGCUGCUGAUCAUUUUAACUCUUGUCAUACAAAUUUUAUUUGUUCAUGUGAUUUAAAUAUAUUCAGAGAUGCUCUAUGAAAUGAUAGGAAAUGAUUGUACUCGUGCAAUUUUAUAAUCUUUAUUUUCCGUAUAAUGAUAAUAAGGUUAACUCUUAUCAGAGUUAACCUUUUAGCACUGACUCAUCACUGUUUCAUAACCAAUGAGCAUUUAUGCUGCUUUUUUGUGCUUCCAACACUAAUAUAGAAUCUGCAUAAUGUACUGUUUAACAAAAUUAUCAUGCACUUAACAAAUCAGUGGAACUGAUUCAGAGGAAGAACAAGUGCUUGUUUUGCACUUUAAUAAAUGAUUGAUUAACUGAAAUCUUAAAGCUGGUUGUAAUCAGUGCUUGGCUUGUGUUUAAGUAUUCUUUAUAACAUUA